GUUCCACUUUGGGUUGUUGUUUUGUAGGGCAAUGGCGAAACCUAAUUUCCAUCACCCGUUCAUCCGGGAUCUGAGGAGGGGACCCACCGCAGAGCGCUUCAAGGAGGUCGUGGAAACCCCGUUUGGGUCACACCAUUGCUGGUCCAAACGGGAGUUUCGGCGAUUGCACUGCUACGAGCAGCUCUCCGCCGCGGUCGCCAACACCGCCUGGCGCCGUCUGCUCCAGCUCUGCGAGAAGGUCUACUACGAGCCGGUGUGGGAGUUCUACACGACCUUCAAGCACAAUACCACGAACAACUGGCAGGACGGUACGGCCGUCCAAUUCAGGCUGGGCGGGGUCCCCCGGUCCUUGAGCUACCACGAGCUGGCCGAGGCUCUCGACCUCGACGACCGUGAGGACUACGUCACCGAGGUGAAUGAGCCACCGGAGGUGGACUUCGGGAGGCUGUACACCAGCCUGGCUCGGCCAGGCCAGACGCGUCCCUUCCGGUCCGGGAGGACGAAGGCCUCUACCCUGCAGAUCGACAACCGACUUCUCCACCACCUGCUGGCGAAGUCUUACACUCCUGCAGCUGACAGCGCCGGCGCCAUCACGAAGAGGCCCCUGUACUUCCUCCAUUCGAUCCGCCAGCGCCGCCAUCCUCUCCACCUGGGUUCAGUGGUGGCCAAGACCUUCGAGAAGACGGCCACAGAGCUGAAGAGCCUCCACUGCGCCCCCCUCAUCACCCGCCUGGCCACCUUCUUUGGCCUUUCACUGCAGGGGUGCACCGAGGAGGGGGACACCCUCAUCUUUGGCAGCACGACGAUCAGGAAGAUGCUGCUGUUGCGGGAGAGGAACGGUGUUCAAUGGGUCGAUGGGUUUCCGGAGCCUCCGAUCCCCGCGGAGCCCGUACCAGAGGAGGAGGAGGCUGCCGAUGAGGUGGAUCCCGAGGAGGUGGAUGCUGCUGCUGAUGCUGCUGAUAAUCCCCCACAGACUGACUUCCAUUUCGGGGGUAGCAGCUCCGCUUUCCAGGGCCAGGAUUACUUCGCCCAGCAGUUCGAGCAGCUGAGGAUCCAGAACCAGCUGCUCCUCGAUCAGCAGAUGCAGUUCCAUCAGCAGUAUGCGGCCGACCAGGCCGAGUACCGGACCAGGAUGGAUGCUUAUGACGAGCGGCUGAACACGAUCUCGACUCAGCAGGGCGUGACUCUUGCCCACAUCGAGCGGGAGAAGCGCCGUUCCCGGCGCAUGCAGGAGGUUCAGCAGCACCUGCUCCAGCUGCUCCCGGGCAAGCCACCUGUCUGGAGGACUCCCUGGGAUGACUCCCCUCCACAUGACGGUGCUACUGGCGCUGCGGAUGAUGACGCGUUCAUGAACGACAUCGACCUCGACGAUCUUGGCGACGAGUAGGCUGUACUCAUUGCCCGUCUCAGUGUGUUUUCUUUUUCAUUUUAGACUUUUGUGUGUUUGCUCCAUGUGUGCGGAGCUUGAACUUAGUGUCGUUUGUUUUUGUUUUUGGUUUUUCCUUUGUGGUUUGAUGUAGCCGUCUGGGCUAACACUUAUCCCUAACGCACAGUGUGCUAGUGUGUUUCUGAUGUUCGAUUUGUGCAGCAUUGUCCACUCUCUCGUUCGUUUCUCGCUGACUGGUCCACUUCCAGUCCCCCAGCAGUGUUCCUACCCGGUAACAUCGUUCCCCUUAUCUUUCCCUCUGCUCCAUUGAGGGCAAUGUCGUUCUUAAGUGUGGGGGGAUGCUUUGUAUCGGUUGGAAUAUUUAUGAUGGUGCUUGGAGCCUAGUCCGCUGUCCGAAUCUUACGAUUUGAGGGCUCCAAGUACUGCUGUUUGAUCAUAUUGGCACUGUGUUUUGAUGGAUGAAUUGAUUGGUUUUCGGAUUAAUGCAUGACAAUUUGUUUGCGACUAGGACAACCUAUGAUGAGGACUGAGAUGUGCAGUAGAACGAUGUAGGGGUUCAGUUUUUCAACUGUUUGCUUGACAACUGUGACUUGAUCUGACUUGCUCUGAUUACUUGUCCUUGACAGUCGUUUAUGCAUCUAGUUCAGGGUAUCAGAAUGUGAGAUAGAGCAUAUAGGUAGCCAUGUGAGAUUUGAGCCUGCUCGUUUCUUUCUUGUGCGAUAGAUCCCUCUUCCAUGAUGUGUAGCAUUCACGUUGUCACUAGCUAAGAUGAUGGGGGCAUAGGAUUAGCCCACGCCCAAAACUGACUGUCCUGAUGUGUCAUAUCCCCUAGUCAGCCCUUUUUGAGCCGUGUGUCAUCCUUUCUUUUGGUCUAUAAUGGAAAAAAAUCACCCUUGUUGCAUCUUUUAGAAGGUUCCACAGAGUGGUUUUUUAUAUAUUCUCUGCUGUUUCUGCUAAAGUCUAUGUGAGUGUUGGAGGUAGUGCUUAAAAGUUGAGCAGGUGUUUGAAGUUUAUGCAGAAGUGGUGGCUCUCUUAAGAAAUGAAAAGAAAAAUGAAAGUGAAACAAAGAAAAAAAAAUUGAAAGUAAAAGAGAGCCACUACCAAAAAUCUGAAUAAUGCCCCGUAAGUAGUGUUUCUUAGCAGUCUGGCUUGGAAAUGCUGAUGUUUAUGCCUCCUUCGCUCUUGUGUUCCUAAGAUAUUGAGUAAUGCAGAAUAGCAGAAAGAAAAUACCGGUUUGUUUGACUGUGAUUGUGUGUUUGGAAAAUGUGGAACCUUUUGCUAUGAAUACUUCCACCACCUAAAAGGCCUUUUCCCCAUGUCCAAGACCCUAGCCAGUCAUUUGAACCUGUGUCUAAGACCUCCUGAUUAGUUAGUGGUGACACCCCAUAUGUGAACUCUAGCAUUUAGAGGCUGCCAUCAUGGUGAAGAGAUGAUAGGGAUUGAGAGAAAUAGCAUGCGCAUCUUUCGCAUCAAAUUGUCCUGACCCCACUGGUCGAGAGUGAGUGAUUCAUUUUCAUUUUCUAUAGGCUCUUGUACCCCGGUGAGGACCUAGAUUGCUCGGUCUCUAUUCUGAUGUCUUGAGUUGGAUGCAUGAGUUGACUGUUUUGAGUAAGUGGUUGAAUCAAGUCUAGGUUGGCCAGUGAACAGAAGGGAGACUCUUCCUUUACUCGAUUUGCUGCACUCGAAUGUCCUUUGUGGUGGUUGUCCAGGUUGUUAUUGAGGUUGUGCAUGUAUUGAUGUUUGAAAACCAGUGCGAUUCACGUGUUCUGUGCCUUUAUGACUUGUCCCCAAUGUUGGUUGAUUGAAAUGUGUAAGCUUACCUAGUGUCUGACUUGGUUUGCUUGGGGACAAGCAAACGGUUAAGUGUGGGGGAGUUUGAUAGACCGUCAUUUACACAUGUUUUUACCCCCAUUCUUACACCGUUCGAGGUGUUGAUUCUCGUGUUUUAGGCCGAUUUCACGAUAGGUUGUGCUUGUUUGUGAUGUUUCAGGUCCUAGUACGUGAAUGAAGGCUUAGGAGCGAGUCUGGGGUCGAUUGGACGAAGAACGGACGAAUGGCGAGGUUUUUGGGGAGCUGCACGGGCAGACCAGGGAGGCUGCACGGCCGUGCACGUGAGCAAUAUGGCCGUGAGCCUUAUGCCGAGGACACGCACGGGCAACCCCUGAAGCUCGCACGGCCGUGCACCCUGGCCGUGCGAGAGGGCUGAAGUUCGACUAAAUGACACGCUGCGUUUUGAGUUGCACGGCCAGAAUGGUGAUAUGCACGGCCGUGCACCCUGGCCGUGCGAGUCGGGAAAUCUGGUUUUAUAGCCUAUUCCGAGCAAAAAGGAGGAGGAUCGAAUUUCUGGAGCAAAAACAGAGUUUUAGAGAGAGAAAGUGCGAAGAACUCACCCUAGAAGCCAUCUUGGAGCUGGGUUUCAUCAAAUCAAGCUUGGAGAUCGUCCUAGGAGUGGAAAUCAUCAUCCCGGAGCAGAUUAUCCUCAUCAUUAUGAGUAUGACUACUCCGAUUACUGUUUUCUUUUCUCUCUCUAUGGAGUAGAACCUCUCUCUCACUUGGGGAUGAAGAACCCUAGUUCUAUGUGUUAGGGGAUUGAUUGCAAUGACUUGGGAUGAUAUUACUGUUUGAUUAUAAUCGAAUGAUGCAUGUUUAUUGAGUCAAUUGAAGUCUGAUCAACUUUUCCUGAUUCCUGCUGCAAUCUGAGAUAGAUAGAAUCUAAUUAGGUUGCUAGAGUCUCAUCAUUCGAUAGUAGGAGACUGGUUAUACGAGAGUUAGCCAGUUUACUGCUCUGUACUGGAAUCUAAUUCCAGUAGUGAAUUUCUGUUCUCACUGCUUCAGCUUUCUAUCCCAGUGAAGACUAGUCGUCUGCCGGGUAGUUAGACUGAGAGGGCUUGGUCAGCUUAAGAGAUUCCAAGCUACUGCCGGAUCUUCCGCAGUCUAAUCAACAGUAAAUCAACCCAGGGUAAAUUGCAAUUGAAACCUAACUAAAGAGCUAGGGGGAUUCAUUCCCGAGUGACUCUUUCCUGCUUAAGAAAACCGAUUAAUUUCCUGCUUUAUUUCUGCUUUUAGUUUAAACAACAAUCACUUACUCUAGUUGGCUAGAUAACAGAGAAUCACUGAGUAAGUAGUAGAUCUAAAGUCCGGGUUGAUAAUAUAACUUGCCUGUAAGCAGUAGACCUGAAAUCCUGGCGGUGAUAGGAAAAAUUCCGUAUCUUUCAGAGCUUUUGAACUCUCUCUACGAGUGCCAAUACAAGUCGUUUUUCUCAGCAUUUGGUACUUUUUCAGAUUUUCCCUGUUCUUGUCAUGCUGUGUACUACCUGAGUUAAUUCAUUCAAUACAUGAAACAAGAAGCUUGGCUUCCUCUGCAUUCACUGAAACUUGUUCUCUUGUCUCAUGGGCCAUUAAUUGAUCACUUGCUGUGGAAUGAUACUUUACAGCUGGGCUGACUGAGCAUAUCAAAAUGGACCAAUAUCUGCAGCCACAUUUCCGGUACUACAUGAGGGAGGUCAGAACAGUGGUCUAUUCUCAGUUCCUGGAAUCCUACAAGAGUGUCACCAUUGAGGCCAUGGCAAAGGCUUUCGGUGUGACUGUGGAGUUCAUUGAUCUGAAAGCAACUUGAUUUACUUCCAGUUUUUAACUAUAUUGGUCUUCGCUGCUUGAAUGUAGAUAUUAUUCACUGCAUUUUGCGAGGAGGCUGUGUGUCUAUUGCAAGUCUGAACUUGUUUUGUGUUUUCUGUUCAGGGAACUGUCAUGCUUAAUUGCAUCAGGGAAGCUUCAUUGCAAGAUUGAUAAGGUAGCUGGCGUCCUUGAAACCAAUCGGCCCGAUGCAAAGAAUGCUCUGUACCAGGCAACUAUUAAACAAGGAGACUUCUUGCUGAACCGCAUCCAGAAUUUGUCACGUGCGAUUGAGGUGUGAAGUAGGUAGCUGUAUUUAGGUUGCAUGGUUCGUAGGGAAAACCAUGAGCGUGCUGACUUCAUCUCCAUUGUAGGGAAGACUGGUUUCGUUUAUGUUGAUUGUGUUCCAACUAUUGGGGGUGUAUUCAGCUAGUGGGCAGUUCCGGGUUUUUAUUUGAAUCGACCCAGUGAUGCCUAGUUAAUUAGAUUAUACCGCACUCUGCUUUUUCAAGAGGUUGGUACUUGGUAGUGCAAAGCUUUGUUAUCCCAUACUUGCAAUGCAAGCUUUGUUACAUGAACUAAAGCACGCAGCCACAGUGCAUCUCUUCUGAUACUUGCAAUUCGAGCUUUGUUACGUCAAAUAAAGCACGUUGUCACGUUGCCUCUCUUCUGAUUUGAUCUAAGGCCAUCCUUGGAUUGAUACUCUGCUGUUGGUAGGGAUGACAAUCAAACCCAUGUCCACGGGUAUUCGCCCGUCUCCCGACCCGGUCAACGCGUGGAAUCCCCGCUUUGACUGGGUAUGGGGCGGGUAUGGGUAAAACUCGCAAAAUGUUUGAUGGGUACGGGGCGGGUAUGGUUUUAGCCUCCCCGCCCCAUACCCAUACCCGCCCCACUAAGAAUAUUUGUUCACAUAUAAAAAAUACAUGGAUAAAAUAGUAAUCUAUCAAUGAUAGUGAGGGUAAAUAAAAAAAAUAAUUAGUAGAAAUGCAAUUGAAUGGUCACGCAAAUCAAAACCUAAUUCAUUUUCCUCAACUCUCUCUUCACUCUUUCACUUUUCCCUCCUGUUAGCAAGAUUAUAUUAGUUCAUUAUUGUUUAGUAUAUGUAUUAGAAUCAGAUAAAUAAUGAUUUGGAUUACAUUGUAGUACUCUAUUUUAUGGAUUAAGGGAAAUUUUAGGAUAAAAUAUUUUGAACCAUAUUAAGAUAGGUGGCAAUUGUAUUUGCCUCUAAAGAUUAUUUGAUUUGUCUCAAUAUGACAUGUUAUAAGUAACAUUUGUAUGUGUUUCUAAAAGUAAUUAGAUUUGUCCCUAUAUGUAUCAUUUAUAUAAUAUACAGGUGCAAAUAGAAUAAAUGUCUCUAAAGCUAUUAUCUUUAAUUUAUCUUAUGUCAAUUAUAAUCGAAUUUUGUCAAAUAGAGACAAAUAAUUUCACCUCCGAGACAAAUAAUAUUUUUGCUCCUUAAGCUUAGCUAUAGAAACUACAAUUUUGUCAAAUCAAAUAUUGGAUACUUUUUUGAAAAAUAUACAGUUCCACUUGUGUAUCAUCCUAAUAAAUAAUGCAAUUUGGA